CCCAUGAGCCGGGGCGCGGGCGCGCUGCAGCGCCGGACAACGACCUACCUCAUCUCGCUGACCCUGGUCAAGCUCGAGUCGGUGCCCCCGCCGCCCCCCUCCCCGUCCGCGGCCGCGGCGGGCGCCCCCGGGGCCAGGGGCGCCGAGGCGGGGGACCCGGGCAGCCCCCGGGGCGCGGAGGAGCCGGGCAAGAAGCGGCACGAGCGCCUGUUCCACCGGCAGGAUGCGCUGUGGAUCAGCACGAGCAGCGCGGGCGCCGGGGGAGCCGAGCCCCCCGCCCCGGCCAGCCCGGCGCGCCCCGCGUCCCCCGCGCCCGGCCGCCGCCUCUCGCUCUGGGCCGCCCCGCCCGGGCCCGCGCUCCCCGGGGGGCUGAGCCCGGACCCCAGGCCCGGGGGCGCCCCCGCCGCCGCGCGACGCCCCCUGCUCAGCAGCCCGAGCUGGGGGGGCCCCGAGCCCGAGGGCCGCGCGGGCGGCGGCGUCCCCGGCUCGUCCUCGCCGCACCCCGGCACCGGCAGCCGGAGGCUCAAGGUGGCGCCGCCCCCGCCGGCCCCCAAGCCGGGCAAGACCGUGACCACGAGCGGCGCCAAGGCCGGCGCGGCCAAGGGCGCGGGCAGCCGCCUGUCAUGGCCCGAGGGCGAGGCCAAGCCCCGGGCCAAGGGGCCGAAGGGCGGCGCGGGCUCCGCAGCGGCCGGCGCCGGGGCUGGGGCGGCCGCGGCCCCCGGCGGGGCCGGCGCCGGGCCCGCCGCGCGAGGCAAGCUGUCCCCGCGCAAAGGCAAGAGCAAGACCUUGGACAACAGUGACUUGCACCCGGGGCCGCCCGCCGGCUCGCCGCCCCCGCUGGCCGUCCCGGCGCCCAGCCCGGCCCCGGCCGCCGCCGCCGCGCAGCCCGCCGGGCCUGCACCGCCGCUCACGCUGGAGCCCCCGGCUCCGGGGCUGAAACGGGGCCGCGAGGGGGGCCGCGCCUCCACUCGCGACCGCAAGAUGCUCAAGUUCAUCAGCGGCAUCUUCACCAAGAGCACAGGGGGGCCGCCCGGCUCCGGGCCCCCCGCCGGACCCCCGGGCCUGUCCUCCAGCAGCGGGUCCAGGGAGCUGCUGGGCGCAGAGCUCCGCACGUCCCCUAAGGCCGUGGUCAACAGCCAGGAAUGGACUCUGAGCCGCUCCAUUCCCGAACUGCGCCUGGGCGUGCUGGGAGACGCCAGGAGUGGGAAGUCAUCCCUGGUUCACCGGUUCCUGACGGGGUCAUACCAGGUGCUGGAGAAGACAGAGAGUGAACAGCACAAGAAAGAGAUGCUGGUGGACGGACAGACCCAUCUGGUGCUGAUCCGAGAGGAAGCCGGGGCCCCUGACGCCAAGUUCUCAGGCUGGGCAGACGCUGUCAUCUUGGUCUUCAGCCUGGAGGACGAGAGCAGUUUCCAGGCCGUGAGCCAUCUCCACGCGCAGCUGAGCUCCCUCCGUGGGGAGGGCCGAGGGGGUCUGGCCCUGGCGCUGGUGGGGACACAAGACAGGAUCAGCGCCUCUUCCCCGCGGGUCGUGGGCGACGCCCGCGCCCGGGCCCUGUGUGCAGACAUGAAGCGCUGCAGCUACUACGAGACCUGCGCGACCUACGGGCUCAACGUGGACCGGGUCUUCCAGGAGGUGGCCCAGAAGGUGGUGACUUUGCGCAAACAGCAACAGCUUCUGGCGGCCUGCAAGUCCCUGCCCAGCUCUCCAAGCCACUCAGCUGCCUCCACGCCUGUGGCUGGGCAGGCCAGUAACGGCGGCCACACCAGCGACUACUCUUCCUCCCUCCCGUCCUCCCCCAAUGUCGGCCACCGGGAGCUCCGAGCAGAGGCGGCGGUGGCGGGGCUGAGCACCCCGGGGUCCCUGCACCGGGCGGCCAAGCGCAGGACGAGUCUCUUUGCGAACCGGCGGGGCAGUGACUCUGAGAAACGGAGCCUGGACAGCCGGGGAGAGACGACGGGCAGCGGGCGAGCCAUCCCCAUCAAGCAGAGCUUCCUGCUGAAGCGGAGUGGCAACUCCUUGAACAAAGAAUGGAAGAAGAAAUACGUGACCUUGUCCAGCAACGGCUUCCUCCUCUACCACCCCAGCAUCAACGAUUACAUCCACAGCACCCACGGUAAGGAGAUGGACUUGCUGCGAACGACAGUCAAAGUCCCUGGCAAGCGGCCCCCACGAGCCAUCUCUGCCUUUGGCCCCUCGGCCAGCAUCAACGGGCUGGUCAAGGACAUGAGCACCGUCCAGAUGGGCGAAGGUCCCGCCGAAGCCACCACGCCCACCCCCAGCCCCAGCCCCAGCCCCAGCUCCCUGCAGCCCCCGCCAGACCAGACAUCCAGACACCUGCUAAAGCCAGACCGGAGCUUGGCCCGAGCGCUCAGCACCGACUGUACCCCAUCCGGAGACCUGAGCCCCCUGAGUCGGGAACCCCCUCCUUCUCCCAUGGUGAAGAAGCAGAGGAGGAAAAAGCUGACGACACCAUCCAAGACUGAAGGCUCCGCUGGGCAGGCUGAAGCCAAGCGCAAAAUGUGGAAACUAAAAUCCUUUGGUAGUUUAAGAAAUAUUUAUAAAGCAGAGGAGAACUUCGAGUUCCUGAUUGUGUCCAGCACGGGUCAGACGUGGCACUUCGAGGCGGCCAGCUUUGAGGAGCGCGACGCCUGGGUCCAGGCCAUCGAGAGUCAGAUCCUCGCCAGCCUGCAGUGCUGUGAGAGCAGCAAGGUCAAGCUGCGCACCGACAGCCAGAGCGAAGCCGUGGCCAUCCAGGCGAUCCGCAACGCCCAGGGCAACGCCACCUGCGUGGACUGCGGGGCCCCCAACCCCACGUGGGCCAGCCUGAACCUGGGCGCGCUCAUCUGCAUCGAGUGCUCGGGCAUCCACCGGAACCUGGGCACGCACCUGUCCCGCGUGCGCUCGCUCGACCUGGACGACUGGCCGCGGGAGCUGACCCUGGUGCUGACGGCCAUCGGCAACGACAUGGCCAACCGCGUGUGGGAGAGCGACACGCGAGGCCGCGCCAAGCCCACGCGGGACUCUUCUCGGGAGGAGCGUGAGUCGUGGAUUCGCGCCAAGUACGAGCAGCUGCUGUUCCUGGCGCCGCUGGGCGCGACCGAGGCGCCCCUGGGCCUGCAGCUGUGGUCGGCGGUGCAGGCCCAGGACGUGGCCGCGGUGCUCCUCCUCCUGGCCCACGCGCGGCACGGGCCCCUCGACACCAGCGUGGAGGACCCGCAGCUGCGCUCCCCGCUCCACCUGGCGGCCGAGCUCGCCCACGUGGUCAUCACGCAGCUGCUGCUGUGGAACGGCGCCGACGUGUCCGCCCGCGACGCGCAGGGCCGCACCGCGCUCUUCUACGCGCGCCAGGCGGGCAGCCAGCUGUGCGCCGACAUCCUGCUGCAGCACGGCUGCCCCGGCGAGGGCGGCAGCGCGGCCCCCACCCCCGGCGCGGCCCCCGCCCCCGGCCUCGCCGCCACGCCCAGCCCCCGCCGCCGGAGCAGCGCCGCCAGCGUGGGCCGCGCGGACGUCCCGGUCGCGCUCGUGUAG